AUGGAACGCAUGCUGGAUCUAGAAAUCUAUUACGAUGCUGACAAGUUCAUUGGUCGGCGAUACUAUGAUUUACGGCAACAACCAGGAAACGAGAACAAAGGACAAUUUGUCACCCCGACUCAGGACCACUACGGCUUUGGCUUUGGAAAACAUGCUUGCCCCGGGCGGUUCUUCGCCUCCAACGAAUCUAAGGUCAUCAUGAUUCACUUGCUCAUGAAGUAUGAUUGGAAAUUCUUGCCCGGACAAAGCCGUCCAGAAAAGAAGACCAUUGGGCAUGAGACGAUGUAUAGUUCCGAUGUGAAGAUUAUGUACAAAGCGAGAAAGUGCGAGAUCGAGUUCCCAGUUGCGUAA